UGUUUGUGUACAACUUACAAGAUCACUGAAGCCAGCUCUCGCGGCAAGAAUUUGAAAAGCAGUCAGUGCAUUAUUAUGAAAAUCUAGGUGUGUUUGUACUUGUUGAGGUACCGACUACCGUAUUAGGUAUUUAUGAAUCAAUACAGCUAGACUCGUACUGCCGCCGUAGCUCUGCAUGAAAUGCAUAACGUCGAAAGCCAACUGAUUUUGAUACACUAACGUCAUUUUGCAUCCACCGCACCGGCCACCGUAGAUCUAGGAUCUAGAUUCUAUCAAGCAAGAAUUUAGACACGGCCGUGCACCAUGUCAUUUUCAAAAGGUAGAGUCACACGCUUCAACGAAACCAGUGGCUGUGCACCGGGUGUAGGAAGCUAUGAUGUCAAAGACAAUAGGAAAGUAAAAGGAGCUGCAGCAGCAGCCAUGACUGACAAAUCGCAACGCUUUAUAGAAACCAAAGAUUCAUGCAGUACGGAUGACAGUGUAAUGAGUAAGAGCUCUUCAAUGGGUGAACUCAGAACCCCAAUCAAACCCAACAUGUCCAUGGUUAAGGGAAUUGAAAGAAGGAGAAAUGCUUCUAGUGUGAGCACACCUCGCCAUCAAGCAGAAAAUGGAAAAAUCAAACAGUUAGAAGCAAAGAUCAAACACCUUCUGCUUCAAGAGACAGAGAUGGGUAGGAGGCUCCAGCAGGCGCAGGAGAAAAGUGAGAAGCUCGAGGGCAAGCUCCAGUCAGCCUACAAAGAGAAGGCCCAGCUCCAGGCCCACCUGGCCAAGUCAGAGAAGCAGAUCUUAGAACUCUCAAGAUCCAAAGAUGUUCUUAUGAAUAAGGUUGAGAACCUUGAGGGCACCCAUUCAAGGCACGCCAGUACAUCGGAAGAACUUGAUGCUGCUAAACUUCAACUCAGGAAGAAGGAGAAGGAGCUUGAACAAAUCACGACGGAGCUGAACAACAAGGUGAAUUCUCUGCAGGCAGACCUUGCUGCUGCACAUACUAACAUUACGGCUCUCCAGGAAGCCAGGAAGGCUCUAGAGCAAACCAAUCAAGAAAUGAGAGAUCAUGGAGAGGUUAUAGAGGAAGAGAUCAGACAGCUACAAGCGGUAACUGAUUGUCUGAGGGAGGAGAAUGUCCGCCUUCAAGACAACCUGAGUUCAGCUAUUAUCCAGCAGGAGUCCACAGAAAGAAUGAUAGAAAGGGUGAAGCGCUCCCUUCUAGAGACGGAGUCAAGGCUUGAUAUAUCUAUAGCCAACGUAGAUAUCCUUGAACUGGCCAAAUCUGAAAUGGGAGAAAAUUUGAGCCAUGCUGAAUCAACAAUCUCUUCUCUUCGAGAGGGAGAAGUCCAUCUUAAGGAACAGAUCUUAAAGCUUGAAUCUCAGCUCUCAGAAUUACAAAUUCAGUUUGAAGAGGAGACAAAACGCAGAAAAGAUGCCCAAGAAAAAGUGGAGAAUCUUGAGGAAGAAUUAGAAAGGACUGAGACAAGUACGACAGAGAGCCUGAGACAGAUGAGCAACAAGUACCAGACCUUAGAGACCAUCCUAGCCCAAGCCGAGGCAGACCUGACCUGGGAGGCUGACACUCAUAAGGCUCAGCUCGCUGCGGCUGAGGCCAUCAGCCAACAGAGGGCAGCAGAAUGCGAAGCCUUGCAGAUUCAAAACAGGGAUCUUAUACAUGCAUACAAUGUGGAAAAGGAGGAGUGUGAUCUAUUGAGAGAGCAGUUAGAAGAGCUCACAACUGAGGACAAGGAAGAUUUGGAAAUGAUUGGUGACAGGCUGGACAAGCAGGAGAAGAAUAGCGAAGACAUUAAGGAAAUCUGUUCUGAUCUUGGUGAACACCUGAAGGACAUGAAGCAAGGGAAGACCAAGGCAGAGGAUCAUGUCCAGGCUCUGGAGCUGAAGGCCCAGAAGGACCAACACAUGUUUGAGGAGGAGAAGGGCCAGCUCUCAACUGCCUUGCAAUCUGAAAAGAAACAAGUUUGUUUUCUUGAGAAACAGCUUGAGGAGCUAGGUAACGAGAUGGAGGAAGAGAUGCAGGAGGUGACGGGCUUGGAUGAGAGACUACAACUCCAAGAAGAUGAGAUUUGUUCAAUCAGAGCAAUCAAUGAUCAACUCCAGACCAAGUUGGAUGAGAUGAGAGAGGAGAAAGACCAAGUGAUGGCAUCACUCAAGAGUGUGGAGGAGGCACGAGAGAUGGAUAAACACAACCAUACAAAGGACAAGGAGAUAUUGUGUGAGGAGCUCAACAUUGAAAAGGAAAGAGUUGAUGCCUUGGAAGUACAGCUGUCAGAGCUCAGUAAUGAUUUUGAAGAACUGAGCAACAUUGAGAACAGACUUGCCAAACAAGAGGGCACGGCUGAAGACAUCAAGAUGGAUAAGGAUAGACUCAGUUCCAUGCUGAAUUUGGCUCAAGAUGGGCAGAUACGAGCUGAGCAGGCUUUCGACCAGGCACGAUCCGAGCAAAAGGCUGUACAGAUGAGUCUAGAGGAGCAACAGCAACUGAGUGCCAGUCUUGAGUCCAGUCUGAAGAUCACUCAGAAAGCCAAAGAGAGUCUGAUGACGCAAGUAGAGCUACUGCAGGCAGCAAAGAAAAAACUCAGUGCAGACUCGCUUGCAGGCCAACAGAAUGUCCACAGACUUGAAUGCGAGGCCACCUCUGCCAAACAGGAGAGCACCACACUGCGAGAACAGGUCAGCAACAUUGAGACCACCUGGAAGUCCAAGGUCCAAAACCUGGAGGAAGCCUGCAGCCACCAGCGGGCAGAGUUUGGGCGUCGGCUGGUUGACACCCAGACCAAGCUGUCUCAGAGCGAGGCUGAGAGGAGGAAGGCGAGGGAGGACCACGAGGUUAAGACCUCUCAGAUUAGGGAACGCCUGGAGGAGAGGAUAGAUGAUCUGGAGCAGAGACUGCAUCAGCUUCAGACUGAGAGAGAAAAUCACCAGUGCUUGGACGAAAAGGCUGUUGAAAUUCUUCAAACCGAGAGUCAAAGUUGGAAGCUGCAGUUUGAGGAACUGAUAGAAAAAGUAGCUCCCUUUAAGGAUCAACUGAACCAGUUUGAGAUGGAUCGACGAAUGCUACUUAGCCAGAACGAUGCUGCACAGAGUGAGGUUAACAAGCUGAGUAACGACUAUGCUAAACUCCUUGGGCACCAGAACCAGAAGCAGAAGAUACAUCACAUCAUGAAGAUCAAGGAUGAAAACGCCAGUCUCAAGAAGGAGGUUACCAAACUGCGAGAAGAAACCACCAAACAGAGCAGAAACCUAAGGCAGAUGAAGGAUAAAGUGGAGAAGAUGGAGGGAAAGAAGAAAUUUGAUCCCACCUCUGCUUUCCGUCAUGGCAAGGAGAACCAAACUCAACCCCUAACUCAAAGAAAUUAAAAACUGGUUAAAUGAACACUUUGUAAAAGAAACUGUGGAAAAAAUUGGGAAGUACAUGAGAAGAAUGUCACAAGCACUGCAUACAGAAUCGGUAUAUGGGACUACACCACACAUGUGGCAUGAAUGUUUUAGUCAAAACUUUUCAUGAGGGCAAUCUUUUUAGAGGAUAUUUUCUACUGUGACUUCAUGAGAAAAUAGAAUAGAAAAGACUGAGAAAUUAAUUGCAAACAAUUAUGUGAAAAUGUUCAUGUCUGGAUGUCAUCUGCAAGUAUAUAAUCUGGUGACUCUUUGUGUAAACAUUAUGAUCACAUCGCAGUAAAUAUUUUAAUAUUAGUGAUGGAUUAUGGACAGACCAGUGAUCCCAUUAUUUGGAAAAUCCUAGCUUCCAAGGAUACCUAUGUAUGUACUUAGAUUGUAUAUAAAUAAAAUGUAUAUCCAGAGUCUUUAGUACAUCUUUUUUGUGAAUAUGUUAACAAAAGUAGUCUUACUUUCCUGCCCAAAAUCAAAAUUUUGUUAUGUUUUCUUGUAAAUGUAUUUCAUUUCAUUUCAUUUCUAUAUGUCCAUAGAGGAUAAUUUCACAGGAACAACAUAUAAUUCACAAUCAUAAGUACUUCAUUAAAUAUGUGUGAAUUGUAAACUCAUACUUCAUGUUUGUCUGAAUUUUGUUCAACCUCGUUUCUGAGGUAUUUGUUUUAUGUAUAGUAUAUACGUGAACCCCUAAAAGAAAAAAAAA